AUGAUACCGUCCGAAGGAACAGCUCCUGCCGGUCCUACAGAUUUAUCAGAAGCCACUGAAACACGAGCACAUACCGCGCGCGAGAAUGACGGCAGUUCAGCGCCAGCACGUAGGAAGCCUCACCCUCGCAAGGAGAAGGGCUCUGAAACGGCGGAGGCUGUUGGCUCCGCACAGGACGCUACCUCGGCCAAACGCAAGCGCGCGAAGAAACCUGCCGGUAACGAACUUGGAGACGCGGAAGCUGGCGCGGAUUUGGCGAAGGGACGUCCACGUCGCUCUUCAAGCACUCCCACUUCUCCCUCGCGGAAACGCGGCCGGCGAGGAGCUCCGUCACCGCCUCCCUUCGACGCAGACCUUGAUCCCGGCGAAGAGCUUGAUCCCACAGCUGUCACCAUGGCCGCGCUCUGCAGUGACAUUGGGGUGGGUAGGGUGAGCUCCAAAGCGGCCCUCAUUCGCCAGAACCACGCGAACUGGAAGGCGGCGAGCAAGACCGAACGUGCCCGUAUAUUGGCUGCACGGGAAGCAAAGAAAUAUGGACGCCCAGACGAGGACGUGGGAAUCGAUCGACCUGCUACGGAGGAUAAUGUAGACCAUGCCGGCAAAGAUACUCCAGAUGAGCCUGCAGCAGGGGAUCCGUCCACUAGUGCGGGAGUGACUCGGCAGCAAGCCACUUCCACCACCUCAGAACAAGAUCCAUCCGACGGUAAUUUCGAUUAUGACCAGGCGGUGGGGACAAGCAAGUACAACGUGCAGGUCCGUAUCGGUCCGAACGGCGAGAUGGUUGUCGACGAGCAGUCUCUCUACGUGGAUCGUGCGGAGGACGAGGACACCAAUAUGGAAGGAUAUACGCACGUCGAAGAAUCGGACGCGACCAAGUUCGUGAAUUCCAUGUCUUACAGCAAGAAAGCGAGAGGGUCAAGAUGGAGUGCAGAAGAGACUGAAUUAUUCUUCCAAGCACUGCAACAAUUCGGUGAGAACUACGAACUCAUUUCCCUGAUCCUCCCAGGAAGGGAUCGAAAGGCGUGCAAGAACAAGUUCAAAGCGGAAGAUAAACGCAAUCCCAACCGUAUAACAUACUGCCUCAAGAAUCGCCUGCCUUACGGUACGCUGCUGGGCAGUCGACGUUAA